UGCGCAAGUUUUGCGCAUAGCGGAUGUGCACGAACACACAUCAGCGGUCUUAUUAUCACAGAGGAGCCGAAAAAACAUUAUUGUGUUCAUCUGUGUCGAGCGAAUGCUAACGUUACCGAUCAAUUUACGAUAAUAAACGAACAAUGAUCGAUCAUCCGGUGACUAGCAGAUGAGCCAAAUCUGAUCGUCGCUGAAAAAAGAGGCGAAAUUUCGGAUAUUUUGUCAGGUGAGCAAACUGAAAGACAUACAGACAACACGCAGCAAAAUCACCAAAAAUUUAAACAUAGAUUCAGUAUGGCUAGUUGCGGCGAGGUUAAUCUUUCCAUGGACUCCCUGACUUCGGGCAAGAAGGUGAGUGGGGAGUCUGUGACAGAGGGAAGUCCGUCACCUUCCUCUCCUUCCCUGCCUGUUCCAGAGUGCGCUAUCUGCCUGCAGAGCUGCGUCCACCCUGUACGUCUGCCGUGCCGCCAUAUCUUCUGCUUCCUCUGCGUGAAAGGAGCUUCCUGGCACAGCAAACGCUGCGCCCUUUGUAGACAGGAAGUGCCGGAGGACUUCCUGGAGCGUCCCACUUUGCUCUCGCCUGAAGAGCUGAAGGCUUCGGCGACGGGCGGACGCGGCGCGGGGACCGGUGGUCACGCGUGGUACUACGAGGGGCGUAACGGAUGGUGGCAGUACGACGAGCGGACGAGCCGAGAGCUAGAGGAUGCUUUCAACAAGGGUAAAAAGAGCGCUGAGAUGCUGAUCGCCGGAUUCCUGUACGUGGCCGACCUGGAGAACAUGGUGCAGUACAGGAGGAACGAACACGGCCGUAGGCGGAGGAUGAAGAGGGAUGUGGUGGACAUCCCUAAAAAAGGUGUGGCCGGACUAAGACUUGAUCCAGAUCCCAAUCCAACUGCGGGGUCUGGAACGGGAACGGUUCCCAUUGCAGCGCCCGCAGUUACGGAUUUAAACGGAAGUGUGGAUGGAGCCACAGUGGAGCGAGAGAGCUCGGCGGAUGGAGCGGACACUGGGGUCAGCGGAGGACGUCCUCAAGGCGUCUUUGCUCCUGCUCCCGUAAGGCCACCUACUGUCUUAGGUGGUCACCUGACCAGCCCUGCUUCCUCCAGCGACAUUCAACUUGUACAGGCUCUCGGCCAACUUAAUGUCGCCGAGCCAGAACAGGAAGAAGACGGGGAAAAUGAAGACGAUUCGGCCGCUCCGGAUGCCGCCUCGGGGUAUGAAUCCGAGUCUGGCGACAGCGAGUAUGAAGAUGAGCAGGAUGGGGAAAGUGAAGACGAGCACACGGAAGCAUCCCAGGGUAGGCAUAGACUGCAGCAAUUGGACAGACCGCCGCCUGGUGGUGGGCCAGCGAGUAGCGGAGAUCGGUCUGGGUGCCCCGACGGUCAGUGCACCGUUACAAAGGUCUGACCUCAGCACAACUACAGAACUCCUACCCAACUACCACAGCCGCUGGGUGUUUCUAACCAAUCUCUGAAAUGCAAAAAAUUAAUGAACCAUUCAAAUCGCAGAGACACGGUCUUGGAUAAGGGUGGAGGCUGGGGGAGGAUGGGUUUGGUGUAAGAAUAGUGCUUGUCUUUCUCUUUCAGGCUUAGAGGACUGUACCAGGGCUGUACUUUUUAAUGGAAAUUACAGGCAAAACUACAAUAAAACUUGCUUUUACAAUGCCUAGAAUUCUUCUGAAUUGGUCCAGCCAUUACAUUUUCUUUUUCAUUCAUUUAAGAAUAUUCACAAUAAAACUGUAUGAUGGAAAAAACACUUUUCACCCUGAAAUUAAAAGAAAAGAGUACAGAAAUAUAUUUUGCACAAGCCUAUUUUCAGCUUUUUUUGUGAUCAUUACGAUUUUUGCGUUUUCGGAACAGGUUUCACUUUAAAUUCUCAUUACUAUAUAAAUUCACACAUACACACACACACUCAAACACACACACAUAUACAUUAUAUAUAUAUAUAUAUAUAUAUAUAUAUAUAUUGCAUUACAUUAAUAGUACUUCAGAAGAAAACGUGCUUAAUUGUGCAUAAUUUCACAGUGCAAAGAAAUAUGUUAAUGAUCCUAAACAGCCUUCAUUUCUUCUUUAUGUAUAAAAAAAAAAAAAAAAAAACUAAAUUUUUCUUUUGAUUUUUGGGGUGAAAUAUGACCUGAACAUGUUUUGUGAGAUUCACCCUUUAUCCAGUCUUGAGAUUUCAUUACAUCUAGCAUGGAUCAACACCAUUAUCCAGUGGUUAUGGAGUCAUACAGUAAUUAAUUAAUUUACUGUGGUGUAAUGAAGUUAUCUUUUUUAUUUCUCCAUUAAAAGUAAAAUAUAUAUAUAUAUGCCAUAUCAGUUUUUACCCUUAGGAUUCUGCCAUGGCAUCAGAAAAUAACUGGAACUACUUGCACUGUUUUAGUAAAGAAGAAUGAAAUCACAUAUUUUGUUUGUAAACCUGUACAGGUUGGAUCUUUGCUGUUUUGAAUAUGACAAUUAUGCUGUAGAUCAAAUUAUUUAUUUUGCUAUCAGCAUUUAAGAACUUUUUCUUAUGCACCACCUGGUACAGAGCCUUCUAAAUCUGCAACAAGUGUUAAGAAUGUUUUGGCGUUUUGGUGAAAUGACAAGCAUUAGAUGCAAUACCAGCAUAAUUUCAAACGAGAAAAGAAUUUAUUGUAGUUUUGCCAAGGAUUCCUCUUUAUGCUCUAGUCAUUAGAAAAGCUUCAGUCAUCUGACAUUUACUACUACUAGUGUUUCAUAAUGUGAGGUUUAAAAAUCUUUAACUGCGUGUGUGUGCAUUUGCUUUUAUUUUAAGCAACUUGUCUUUAUUCUGUCUCAUCUUGUGUGCUUUAUCUGUUUCAUGGAUUUGCAUGUGUUGCUGUGAGCAAGGAUGGAGCCCUGGACUACGGCACUUUGAACUCUGGGAAAGGCGACUUUUAUCAGAUGUUGUAGUUGUAAAGUAGUCCCCAGACUGCAGCACACCGAGCGAGCGAGUGGUUUUCGAGCAUAGGUGUCCGAUUUGAAGUGUUUGGAAAUUUUAAUCUGUUAUUUUCAACCCUGCUAAUUUUCAUCUCCACUUGUUCAGGUUCUUUGUUGUCAGCAAAACAAAAUGAAAACUAAAAUCAAGAAUAACUUCUUUUUGAUGUAUUUCUGUUUUAAAUGUGUUGUUUUGUUACCAGAUUUAUCUGAGAAAUAAAGUGUUGUCUGUUAACUGUC